UCCGUAUUUCAAAACUCAUCUAGGUUAUCCGUAGUCCCCUUCAAGGUCAACAUACUGUAUUUCUGUGCCAAUGCAGGUGACGAAAAUUGUUUCAAAACAUCGACUAAGGUAUAGACAAGCACGCAUUGUCUUUCCAUUGCUUCUUCCAGUGUUAUUUGGUAUCGCAUCACUACAUCCAAUCGCUACUGUGCUUACUCUUCUUUUAUGUUUGGUGGCAUGUUUCAAUGUCGUUAUUGUAGUCGCUCCACCCACUUGUCCCUUAGAAGAUACCUUCUUUUUCUUCAAAUCAUCUGAUAGCUGUGACGGGUUUCUUAGUGAUACCAAUGUGAUCUACAAAUGUUCAGUUACUACUCUUUUCUUAUGGUAUUUCACAAUGCUUAUACCUGUAAAUUUGGAGAAUAAACUGCUCUAUAAAGAAAUAAUAAUGUACAAUAUUCUCGUUGUGGUUUGCGUACAUCUUGUGCAAAUUAUACGUAAUAUACAUGCACGCAGUCCUAAUCAUACAAUCCUGUCAAAUUCACGAUAUCUCGGAAAUGAACUGGAGAAAAAUGGAAGUAAGCUCACUGUAUUUGGGUUAUGGAAACACACUGUAUGUAUAUUUCGUGAUACCAAUAAACAAAAUUUUGAAGGAGAUUGGUACUUUUCGUGGAUGAAUAUAUUUGUCAGCAAGUCCAAUCGAGCUUGGUCCAUCGUUUUACUGACUAUUUGUGUUACGCUUACAUUCUACUCUACUAAUUUAGCCCUUACGUCUGUGUGCACACCAAAAAUAUACUUCGAUUGGUUUUUACUUCCACAUGAUUGCUCCUUCAUUUAUGAUGUUUAUAGGUAGGUUGUAAAACAAAUAAACUGACAUUGUUUUCUGUGUAAACAAUUGUUUAGAGAGGUAGUUUGCUAAUUGCUUUUUAAUUUCGACUUUCUGUCGAAAACUAAGCUAAGAUUCACUUUCUGUGGAAAUGUGUGAACUCGUAUAUAUUAUCCGUAUUGGAAAUUCUUAAAGCCUUGGGAGAACUAGUUUGUCAGCUAGUAUACGAUAUAUAACAAAAUUUUUGGGCAGAAAAGGUGUGAUCUUUAAGUUAUAACACUCAUUACACUGUUUCUAACGGGCACGCAAGUUGAGUAAAUUUUGUAAUGCACCUCUCAUGUUUAUAUAUUAAGUAAUUUUCUUUUUUUAAUCAUUUCAGCAGAGCCUGGGUAUUUGUUACAGGAUUAUUUUGGUUAAUGACUUCUGUUAUACCUAUAAGUUUUCUUUUUCAUGAACUUGCUGUCUAUAUACGGCGCCGUUCGAAAAACUGGUAAAAUUUACUAACCGUUUAGUUAAUUUACCCUCUUACGUAGUGUGUUCGUUUUGAAUUAUUACCCAUAAUUUUGUAAAUGAAGUUCUGUGAUACCAUAUUUCUUUUUUCCCCAUAGUGAACACCACAAAUUUUCACAUAGUGGCAUAUAUAUAUAUACAUAUAUACGAUACAAGAAAUAUACUUUUUGAGUUUCA